CAGCAGACGAAACAAAUCAAAGGAAAAUUGAAUGAACUUAAAUUAAUUUUGUUUUGUUUUAGUCUACUGUUUUUAUUGUCGGGCUGACGGGCGUUUCAGUAGUUUUCACGUUUUUCACGUGGUUCACUGUGGUGUAUUUCUCCGACAAAUUCAACUAUCUUUUCCAAAACUUUGAUGUCAACAUGGCGGUUAACGUUCAAAUUUCAAGUUUUCAGAAAAGAACAAAAGUGUCUUCCACUAAUAUAGUGGGCACAAAAAUAUCUGCGCUAAAUAGCACAUUAAAUGUAUCUUCCGGCAUCAAUUCUUUGGAUAAUAUUAUGGAAGGUGGAUUACCGUUGGGCUCUCUCUGUUUGAUUGAGGAGGAUUUGUACGGCUCUUAUGCCAAAAUUAUGACUAAGUACUUCUUGGCUGAAGGAGCUGUGCAAAAAAAUCAUCUUUUAUCAGCUUCAUUGAAUGAAAAUCCUUGGGAUCUACUCAACAACCUGCCAUCCCCUGUGACUGAGCCCAAAGAAACAAAUCCAUUAAUUGAAAACAAGGAGGAAUUAAAGAUUGCUUGGCGAUAUGAAAACCUUACAUUGGAAGACAAUAACCAAAGAACUGGAAAUGCUUUUGAUCUCUCCAUUCCUUAUGUCAUUCCUGAAACUCAAAGGUCUAAUAUAGCAGUUUGGUGUGGGGAAAGUACCAACAAUCUACAAGAAAAAAAAGGGACACUGAAAAAUCCCAAUUGUUUAAGUCUACUGAGCACAGUCGAGGAAACCAUUAAAAAAUGGGAACUCGAUUCUGUCAACAGCUCUAAUCUACUGAGAAUUACGAUAUCUUCAUUCGGUUCACCAUUUUGGCAGUUCGAUGAAAACCAAAAUAGUGUGUCGACGGAUUUUACCGCCACUCUGUUGCUACUGAAAUCCAUAGUGCGCUCAGCCAAUGCAGUAGCCGUUGUAACAAUUCCUCAUCAACUACUAAGCCAAGCUCUGGUUAGUCGGAGUCGAAAAUUGGCUGAUGUGGUAAUCCAGUUGAAAUCUUUACGGGAAGACCCACACCUCCGUGAUCUGAUGGACGUCCACGGAAUUUUGGAAAUGAAGAAAAUAAUGAACUUGACGUCCCUUAAACCCAUCCAGGAUGGAACGACAACCUACGGUUUCAAAGCUACCAAGAGAAAAUUCAAAAUCGAGAAACUUCACCUACCACCAGCUGUUGAAGAUGACAAAUCGGCAGCUGACAAUUCCUCAUCGAUGGGUUGUUCAUCCGGUUCAUCCAAAUCCAAUCUCGAUUUCUAAAAUGUCAUCUAUUUGAUGUACUAUCAGAUAGCUCUUGUAAAUACAAAACACUGGAGCCUUA